AUGCCGCAGAAGGAGUUUGAGACGGAGUACCCUCCCAUUGAUACCGACCCCCACUUCCGGCGCGUGGUGCGGUACUUCCGCCCGUCUGACUACUAUACGAUGGCCGGCGCAGCUGUUGCCUUCCCAAGUGCUUUGUUCCUGCUGGAGAACUCAGACCCGUCGCGCGCCCGGGGCCGGCUCGGCGCUGCGCUGAAGCUGUCGGCCUUCCUUGGUCUGACGGGUGGUUUCUUGCUCGCAUACCAGCGUUCGACGUUCCGCUUCUGGGGCUGGUCCGAGAAUGAACGUGAGCAGGAAAUGGCCAAGGAGGAAAGUGCCAAGGGUACUGUCCCUGGCUUUGGACAGAGCAACAUGACGGAGGAAAUGCAGGGUGCAGCGCACCGUAACAGUAUCUUCUCGCAGCUCAACCUUGCGGUGUUGCCGUGGUUCAACGUCGUGAACCACAAGUACCAUGGUUCGGAGAGUGCAUGA